AUGGAUGCUGUGGCUGCGUUCCUUGCAGCAGACCUAAAGGAAAGGAUCUUCAUGAAAGUGCCAACUGAGCUCCAGCAAUAUUUCGGGAAAUACGUUCAGAUCCUGAAGAGUUUGUACGGAUUGAAGCAAGCAGCAAGGAUGUGGUAUUUGCUAAUAUCAGAAUAUCUCAAGGAGAUUGGUUUCUCACCGAUGACAGUGGAUCCGACAAUAUUCAGACAUACAGAGUCGGGGGUAAUCAUCGGCGUGCACGUGGAUGACUUUAUGAUUACAGGGGGGGACGAGGUUGCCAUUGAACGGGUCAAGGAAAAGCUGAAGGGAAGAUUUGAGAUGAAAGACCUCGGAGAAGCAGAGAACAUUCUCGGAAUUCGGAUUCAAAGGCACAAUGGAAAGCUGAUGAUUGAUCAAUCACAAUUUGCGAAGGAAACCGUGGCAGAAUUUCUACGACGACUCAAUGAAGCACGCAACCCCAUGGAACCUGGAGCUAUACGGAAGCUCGUUGAGGAACCGGACGACCUCUGA